AUGGCUGAUUUUGAAUAUCAACAACCGCAACGUUUUCGAAUUACUAAUAAACAACGUGAUGAAGAGAAAAAACGAAAAUCAGGUUCAUCUGGUGGAAUACCUGAUAGAUGGCUUGAUUAUAUAGGUGUUAAUUCAUGGGUUGAAAAUACUCGUUUUAUUGCAUUUAAAUGUCCAUUAAAACCAGAAAUGCAAAAACAUUUAAUUGAUGAACGACGUUUUACAUUAGGUGAUCUUGUUGAACAACUUGAUGAUAAAGGAAAAGAACUUGGUUUAAUAAUUGAUUUAACAAAUACUGAUCGAUAUUAUAAAGCAACUGAUAUUGCUGAUGCACAAAUCCAAUAUCAUAAAAUGAUGACACCUGGUCAUAAUCAAAUACCAAAUGAAACAUGUUAUCAACAGUUUGCAACUGUAGUACGAGAAUUUCUUGAACAGAAUAAAAAUAAUGAUAAAUUAAUUGGUGUUCAUUGUACACAUGGACUUAAUCGAACUGGUUAUUUAAUUGUGAGAUAUAUGAUUGAAAAUAUGAACUUUCAACCAGAUGAAGCUUUAGAAGCAUUCAAUCGUGCUCGUGGUCAUUCAAUGGAAAAAUAUACAGAAGAUUUAUUAAAACGUACAUCAAUUUCUGCCAAUAUACAAUUAAAUACUUCUAUGUUAAAUUCAGCAUCAAUCAAUAAUAAUGAAUCAUUAAAUAAUAGUCCCAAUGGAGAUCAAAUACAAUGGCCAACAUUAUAUUCUUCUGUAGAUAGUAUGUCAUUAGAUGAACGACGUAUGAAAAAGCAACAACAACAACAACAAAGAUCUCAACAAACUCCAAGUUCAACAUCAAUGCAAAAUUAUAAUAAUCAAAUUGAACAAUCACGUCCAACAAGUUCAGCUAGUAAUCGUCUAGGAAAUAAUACAGUAAGACCACAAGGACAUGGUCGUUCGUCUUAUUAUCAACAAAAUACUAAUAAUAAUAAUUUUUAUCGUCAUACAUCGGUAACACCUCGUAUUUUAAAUUCAUCCUAUAAUGAUGAACAACAUUCCAAUCAAUCUCCAUCGACUUAUUUUGGUUCAGGUAGUAAUGUUGGACGUGGUCGACCGAUGACAAGUGAUCAUUAA